AUGGAAUCAAGUAAUGCUGAUCCAACAUUAGACGAAGAACAAAAGGAAAAUCAGCCUAUACGAACUAUCCCUACUAAAACUGACACAGAUGUUCGUGUAGCUGUAAUAGGAAACGUUGAUUCAGGCAAAUCCACCUUAGUUGGUGUCCUCACCAGGUGUAUCCAAGAUGACGGCCGAGGCUCUGCUCGAAGCUAUGUAUUUAACUACUCCCACGAGCAAGCCAAUGGCCGCACCUCAAGCAUCUCUCACGAAAUCAUGGGUUUCACCCCAGACGGCUCACAAGUAGCUCCAGAAAGACUUACAGACUCAAAAAACCGCACAUGGAGUUACAUCGUCGACCAUUCCUCACACAUUGUUACUUUUCUUGACCUUUGUGGCCAUGAAAAGUACUUAAAAACCACAAUUUUCGGCUUAGUUGGGCUUAUUCCUGACUACGCAAUGAUCGUAGUUGGCGCUAACAUGGGUUUAACCCGCAUGACAAAAGAGCACAUAGGCCUUGCUCUAGCACUAAAAAUCCCAAUGUUUUUUGUGUUCACUAAAAUCGACAUUGCCCCAGAAAACGUCUACAAAGAAAACAUUAACCUACUUCACAAGGUCUUAACUAACCCUGCAGCAGGUAGCAGGCUUCCUCUCUAUGUAAAAGACGAUACUGACGUGUCUGACCUUUGCAAUAUGAUGGAAGCCCGAGCAUGCCCAAUUUUCACUAUUUCUAAUGUGACUGGAGAAGGGGUUAAUAAGCUGAGACAAUUUAUAUAUUCGCUACAGUCUAGGACACUUUUAAACGGAGUAUUUGGGAGCAGAGAUGAGCCUUUUGAGUUUUUAAUUGAUGGAGUUUAUAUGGUAACUGGAGUCGGCUGUGUUCUUUCAGGCAUUGUGAAAUCUGGAAGUGCUGAACUAAAUCAACAAAUAAUGUUGGGGCCUGAUAAAACAGGAACUUAUAAGCAUUUAGUUAUUAGAGGAAUACAUAUGAAUAGAGUUCCUGUUGAGAAUGCAAUUGCAGGACAGUCUGUGUGCUUUAAUGUUAGACCUGUAAAUAAGAAAGAACAGCUAAAGAGAAGCCAUAUAAAGAAAGGUAUGGUGCUUAUUGAUAAGAGCCUCUGCAUGCAAACUGCUUGGGAGUUCGAUGCAGAAGUCGUGAUCCUGCACCAUGCGACUACAAUUAGGCCUAAUUAUCAGCCAGUUAUUCACUGUGGAGUCGUCAGACAGGCUGCUAAGGUUGUUAGCAUGACAAAAGAGCUAUUAAGAACUGGCGAUAAAGGACUUAUCCAUUUUAGGUUCAUGUUUAACCCAGAACUAAUCCAUCCCAAAAUGACUCUUUUGUUCAGAGAAGGUCGAACAAAAGGCUUAGGCAUGAUUUCCCAAGUCUACCCAAUAGAAAACAGCUUAUAA